CGUGCGCGGCGGCUGCGGGCCGUGCGGGCCCGAGCGGCCAUCCCGGGCGGGCAUCGCAUCCCGGGCGUCCCAUCCCGGGCAUCCCGUCCCGUCCCGUCCCGGGCGGGCCGGCGCUGCCGGGCGCUGCUCCCGGCGCGGGCCGGGGAUGGCGGCGCCCGCUGCCCGCGCGGCCCCGCGGCUGCCCCGCCGCGGCCUCUGAGCAGCCCCGCCCGGGAGAGGCGUCCCCCGCGUCCCGCCGCGCCGGGCCGGGCCGGGCCGGGCCAGCAUGGCCAGCCCCGCCCAGGGCGAGCGGCCGAGCGAGCCACCGCUGAUCGAUCUCAGUGUGGAUGAUGACGAGGAGCUUGUGAGAAGAACUCUGAAAGUCAAAAAGAGUCGAUUUGAUCAAUCCUUGGUUAUUUUCACCCGAAAAUUCAUGGAUCUUCUCAGAGCAGCCCCAGAUGGUGUCCUAGAUUUAAAUGAGGUGGCAAAAAGACUUGGAGUUCGAAAGCGAAGAGUCUAUGACAUCACCAACGUGUUGGAUGGAAUCCACCUCAUUCAGAAGAGAUCCAAGAAUGUUAUCCAGUGGAUAGGUUCUGAUCUUGACAAUGUUGUUGGAAAAGCACCAGAGCAGCAAAUCCUUAAAGAGGAACUUUCUGACUUGUCAGCCAUGGAAGGAGCUCUGGACAAAUUAAUCAAGAAAUGUGCUGAGCAGUUGUAUGAACUGACAGAUGACAAAGAAAAUGCAAAACUAGCUUAUGUGACAUACCAGGAUAUCCGUAGCAUCCAGGCAUUCCAGGAACAGAUUGUGAUUGCAAUCAAAGCUCCAGAGGAAACCAGACUGGAAAUCCCCAUUCCCAAAGAAGACUGCAUAGAAGUGCACGUGAAGAGCACGAAGGGACCCAUUGAUGUGUAUCUGUGUGAGGUGGAACAGGAGAAGCCAGGGGACAAAGCCCAUGAAGAUGUGGACAGUGUGACCUUGGAAGCAGAGCCCUCGGUCCCUCCUGCAGAAGGUGGUGUCUGCCUGUUGCCUUCUUCUCCCCAGCUGGUUCUGGUGGUGGUGGUGGUGUUACAGAGCACUGUGCUGAAGCUGCAGGCUGUGCUGCCUUUGUCUGGACACGGUGCCUGGGCCAGGCUGGGUGGGAGGGCAGGAAAGGCCUGGCAGAGCAGUGUGAGCUGUUGUGGGAGCUCAGCAGGAGGGCAGAGCCCGUGGCAAGGACUCUGGGUGCUGAGCCUCUGCUUGCCCGGCUCCUGAGGGGUGUCCUGAGACAGGAGCAGUGUGUGUCAGAGCCCAGCAGCUCAGCUGGAGCAGUGGAGAGGAGGCUUGAGGUGGUGUGAGAGGCAGGAGGCUGCUGCUGCUGCUGCUCCUGCCCGCCCUGCCUGAGGGAGGGCAGGUAUGAGAGGGCCCCUGGGGUGUGGGCUCUUCAGAGCAGGUGGCUUGAACCUGCUCUGUCCAGAGCCCCAGUGCUGCAGCUGUUGUGGCUCAGCAGUGAGGGUGUGGGGAUUGCAGGAGCUGGGAACACAAAGCGUGAGUUCUCUUUAGCAGUGCUGCUUUGUAGUUGAGGGGGAGAGUUGGCUUCUUAGUCCUGGGCUGGAUUUGGGCUGUGUUUUGCUUGUGAGUGUCCCAGAAUCCUGUUCCUACCAUGACAGUAACUGUGCUCCUGGUUUUUACUGUCCUUUCAAAGGGAGAUCUCCGGGGGAAGAGAAGCAGCAAACCACCUGAUGGCAGAUGAAUUUCAGCUCAGGAGUCAGAUACAGAAUGUAAAUAUCUGUGCUACAGAGCUUUUCCAAAGCCACUUGGAUAACUCCCAAGGGAGUUAAGUCUUACUCUGUGUAGGUGCUGUUUGCAUUGUUCGCAUCCAGCACUGCAUGAACUAUGGGAUUAAUACUGACAUGAAAUAGUUGGGAUUUUGUAUCUAUGUGUAUCAUGUCUGUGUAUUUACUUGUGUAGAUUUAUUGAGUUGGUUUGCAUCUCUUGUACAGCAAAGAAAUAAAAGAAGCUUAUCAAACAAA